GUCUUACACAAUCCUACGACUCUCCCACGAUGGCUCCUCCGGUUUAUGCUACCGUAUCAACCAACUACUUGGAACCACCCCGAAGGAUCACCGGCAAAUAUGCGAACAUUUUCUUGGGAUUUCUUAUAUUAACCCUUCCUCUGGCUGCCCUCGUUGCAGUUCUUCUCGGCCUGAUCUAUCACUACCGAGUCGAGCAGAAUGACCAUGGAGCAUUAUAUGUCGACAUCAACCCGACAAUACUCAUGAAAAUUGCAUCACUGUCGAGUUUGGUUGCUGGAUUCCUGACCAGUGUCGCCGUCGGCUUAGCCGCGUACCCAUUAGCUUCGGCAGUGCUCACCAAAACCAGAGAUGGCGAUUCGGACGCGCUUUUGUCGCCCUUCCAAUAUUACCUGACACUGGACCUGGUCGAAAAUGCCGGGUAUUUCAGUGUCUGGCGGUGGCUCAAGUUUCGAUUCAGCAAGAUUCAGAAGCAGACGAACCCUCCCCCACAAUUACUCAAUCUGGGGAGAAUUGCCUGCCUGACCUUGAUUUUCGGAGGUCUGAUCUUCGUGGGAGAGACAUGGUUACACUUCAAAACGGAUCCCACCGAAUUCACCCAAUUUGGCCCCCUGCGCAGCGAGACGGCCGUAUACAGCAUGAUUCUCAACUCCAACUGCACCACCCAGGACAAUACCUACAACGAUCAGUGGAAUAACCCCUGCUCCUUCUCCCCAAGUAUCAGAGGCGGGUACUUCCUGAACCCUAUCACUACACUCGAGGUUUUCAACAACAUCUCCACGACCAGAAGCUGUCAGUCUGCCACAGCAGCUUGCGAUGUUAGUCGUGCUAACAUCACUUCGGGAGCUGGCUCAUUUUUUCACUGUGCCAAGUAUACUGCUUGGUAUGGAUUGGUAAAUGGUCCGCGCGAGGACUUCUCGAAGCAUUAUUUCACCGACGCCACCGGCACCCAGAACGCCUCAUCGUUGGAUAAAACCAUCAGCAACCCGUUCUACGUCGGGUUUGGAGGCUUCACGGACCCUUCCGCCGGUGCUGCCCUCAAGCUCAUCCAGAAUAACGACCUGGGGGUCAUUGCGCAAGAGUUCGGCGGCGUCGGCUAUCUUUUCUUUUGUAAUACCACCGUGAACGAUGUCACAUACACUGCCGUGAACGGCUCCAUUACGGACUUUACGGCGACUCCCAGCAAUCGCUCCGUGAGUACAGCGCUCAUGGCGGCAGAGAGCAACCUCAACUCCGGGGAGAUCAGGCUCCGCGCUGCCGCAGAUUUGGGUGCUAUCCUAGCGAACAACACACAGGACAUGGCCAACGCAUUUGCGCUCGAGUAUAGUCGGGUCCUGCUGUCGACGGUUUCCGGGUCAUUUCAGGCGUCGCCGAUUCUUGAUGGUUGGCAGCGCACCACGAAAAUCGUUGCACGAGUCCCCACCGCGCCGCUCUACUUUCUCGUGGCAUCCGUGGGCGUCAUGAUCGGAAUGGGCAUCUGGCUUACCAUAGCAGCCUUGAUUACUACCCGCAUCAAGGACAUCGAAGAAGUUCGUGCCAGACUGAGCGUGAAGCAGCUGGUUGCAGACCGCAUGGAGCCCGAGCAGGCCAGGGUGCCUAUAAGGAGUUUAGAUGAUAUCUUUACGACUGAUGGGGUACCACCGGGGCUUACCAAGAGGAUUGGCAUUGGUAAAAGGCAUUCCUCGGUUGGCGGGUGGGAAUUCAAGGUGUGGGAUCCGUUGAAGUGA